CGUGGAUGGCAGGAGAUAGGUGCAGUUCACGGAUCAACGCUCCCUUAAAGGCGCGAUAGGAAAACACGUUGAAAAUGACGCUGCGUUCGAUGAGCUCAGAGCUGAAUCCUGUUGGAGACGAUGUUGCGUGUGUGGACUCUCAUUGCUGAAGUAGAGGGCUCUUAGGUACUUCUGUUGAUCCAGGGCAAAUACGCACAGCAAUUCCUACAGCAAUACGAGAUCGUGGAAAAGGACCCAUAAGCCUGACCUCUUGAAUCAUCUUAUAUUUCCAGCAGAGGACAGCUGUGUUUGUCAUUAACUGAUAGAUGCCCUGUGAUGAAUGUCUGCAGUUUCCGAACAUUUGCUUUGACUCUUUGAAGUAUGCGCAUACAUUUUCCAUGUCGAUUUUAUGAAUAAGAGCAUGUAAACGCUAGAACCAAUACGGAUGAAAGCUCACGGGCAGAAUUCCCUAUGUUCCAGUGCAGGAUGCAUUUUAUCAAUCCGAAAUGAUGCGAUUCACUGGGUUCAGAACACCAAAAUCCUUAAUGGCCUUUGUGAUGAGAAGAUGGAAAAUCUUACUGGUGCUGAAUGUGUUUACGGUGGCCGGCUUCAUCACUUUUUGGGGCAAGUGCAAUUUACGCACAGCUAAAGAUGUUGGUCACCAGCCGGCUGCUGGGAGGGAACAGACGCACUUCAAUGGAUCUGCUCUGGAGACUAGCAUCACUCACGAUGUGCUCUUAAAGAGACUGGGGUCACUAGAAGAUGUGGUGUACAGACAACUAAAUGGUUUGUCCAAGUCUCUUAGACUCAUCGAAGGUUUUGGGGGCCGUGGUAGAGGCGGGCUGCCAGCAACACUUACGCCGGCGGAAGAAAAGGAGGCCAAGUACCUGAGGGAGAAAUACGGAUACAAUGCAUUUCUGAGUGACAAAAUCUCUUUGGAUAGGUCCAUUCCUGACUAUCGGCCCAGCAAAUGCAAAAAGGCCUAUUAUCCCAGUGACUUACCACAGAUCUCCAUUAUCUUCAUUUUCGUAAAUGAAGCAUUGUCUGUCAUCCUGCGUUCGGUCCAUUCGGCUGUCAAUCACACUCCAGCCCAUCUCCUAAAAGAGAUCAUCUUGGUGGAUGACAACAGUGAUGAUGAACAACUGAAAGAGCCACUGGAGGAGUACGUCAACAAGCGCUACCCAGGUCUUAUCAAAAUAGUGCGUAAUCAGAAGAGAGAGGGACUCAUCCGAGCUCGAAUCGAGGGCUGGAAAGUGGCCAUUGGGGAGGUGACGGGAUUUUUUGAUGCCCAUGUUGAGUUCACACCUGCAUGGGCUGAACCAGUUCUGUCUAGAAUCAAGGACAACCACAAGAGGAUCAUCCUACCAUCCAUAGAUAACAUUAAAGAUGAGACCUUCGAGCUGGAGCGCUAUGAGAACUCCGGCCAUGGUUAUAACUGGGAGCUCUGGUGUAUGUAUAUCAGCCCACCUAAACAGUGGUGGGAUGAAGGAGACACCUCUGCACCUAUCAGGACGCCUGCAAUGAUAGGCUGCUCUUUUGUGGUAAACCGGGAAUACUUCGGGGAGUUGGGACUGCUGGACGCGGGGAUGGACGUGUAUGGAGGCGAGAAUAUAGAGCUGGGAAUCAGGGUUUGGCUGUGUGGAGGAAGCAUGGAAGUCUUGCCCUGUUCCAGGGUUGCCCAUAUUGCUAGGACAAAAAAGCCAUAUCACAGUAACAUCGCCUUUCACACUAGACGAAACGCCCUUCGUGUGGCGGAGGUCUGGAUGGACCAAUACAAAUCGAAUGUCUAUUUGGCAUGGAACCUCCCAAUGAAGAACCAUGGCAUUGAUUAUGGCGACAUAUCCCAGAGAGUCACACUCAGGAAAAGACUCCAGUGCAAAAGCUUUGAGUGGUACCUCGAUAAUAUCUAUCCAGAGAUGAGGAGAUACAACAACACAAUGUUUUACGGAGAAAUUCGAAAUACCAAUGUGACCCAUCUGUGUGUGGAUCAGGGCAUGAAAGAAAACCACACAGCAACUCUGCAUCCCUGUCAUGGUUGGGGACCUCAGUUGGGUCGCUACACUAAGGAGGGUUAUCUUUUCCUGGGUCCUCUGGGAAGCACCGGUGAAGAAACUCGCUGUGUGGUGGAUGAUAAAAUCAGCAGCUACCCUCAGCUUCUCAACUGUGAGAAAGUAUCCAAUGUACAGCAGAAAACUUGGCACUUUGCACAGAAUGAACCAAUCAUCAAUCGAGCUACAGGACGCUGUCUCGAGUUGAUGCCAGCCAAUGUCUCCUUUGGUUACACUCUGGUCCUGCGCUCAUGUACUGGCCAGAGGUGGACCAUCAAGAAUUUGAUGAAACCACAUCAGGGGCAAUGAGUCAAUGGUAUAUGAUAAUGCUGCCACAAUCAGAAAGUCCCUCUCCUGCCUUCAGAAAGUGAUUAUGGACCUGAAAAUGGAUCCAGAUUGGAGAUCUCCUACAUGUUAAACUUCAGGAGUGCAGAGGGGGUGCUGACCAUUUUUGAGUUUGUCUCGGACUCAGCAGAGUCAUUUGGUCUUACCACACUCCAUACUGUCUGUAUCAGUCAAAUGCCCUCAACUGAGCAACUUUGUGACUCAAGUUGAGACCGCUGAAACCAAAAUGACGAUUAAAUGAUGACCAAUAAUGAACUACUGUAUUUGCAAACAUACAACAUAAACUUAACAUCAACGUAAACAUGAUUUGAGUCUACAGUAUGUUUAACGAUAUAUACAGUGACCCCAAAAAGUAUUUGGGCCCUUAGGCCAUACUUAAAUAUGUAUGAAUGUCUUUGCAGUAACAACAAAUGCAACCAUGUGUUAUUUAUUUUAAAUAGACAGGUCACCCAAAAAUGAAAAUUCUCUCAUCAUUUACUCACCCCCAUGUCAUCCCAGAUGUGUAUGACUUUCUUUCUUCUGCACAACAAAAACGAAGAUUUUUAGUAGAGUAUCUCAGCCCUUCUAUCUAAUGGAAGGACAAUCAGACAUUUUUGAGCGUGAUUUAAGUGAGCUCAUGUUAUCAUAAUGAUCAUAAAUGGAUGUAUUUAGAUUGCAUUAAUACUGUAAUUUUAUUGAGUUGUGAUUUCUGUACUGUUCAAUUCUCUUGUUUUUUUAUUUGAUUAUUUUAGAUUCAAAAUAUCAAAGACUGUGGAUCCCCGUCGGUUUUCUGUUUGAAUAAGAUGUCUGGCCUGAAAAUGUGUUAUUUAUUUUUCUUAUUUGUUUUCUACAGUAGCACUUCAGAAGCAUUAAAUUAUAAUCUGUGCGCAGAAAACAAUUUACCAGUAACUAUGGUAACUGUGCUGAGCUUUGUUACUGGUGUGUACUGUUGAAUGAUUACUGUAGUAAUUGUACUGUUACUUUGAACCAAAUUCUAAAGCAACACAAAGCCAGUCUGUAGGCACUGGGACUAUGGGAAAAUUAUCAUCUGGGAUUGUAAUUACAUAAGAACAAGGUGAAUGAGAUGUAAACUGUAUGUUAUCUGUAACUACAGUUUUGAAAGGAAUGGUUUCAUAUCCAAAAGAUUUCUGAAGACAUUUCAAUUGUUGCAGAGUGAUGGAAAGGACUUUUCCCAUACCAUCUUCCAUUUUCAGUAGGACUCAUUUGAAUAAAAUGGUAAACUGUAAUGUGUUCUUAUGCUUAGUGUCCUUAAUCUAAAUGGUUAUUUCAGUGUUCCUACAGUCAUAGACAACCAGGACAUACAAAUAUAUUCCUUUCCAGGACUGGAAAAUG